CAGACAGCAUGUCAUCCAUAUCUUUAGCAUCUCAGGAUACUGUUUUGUUUUCCUCAUCUGAUGAAAGUCCAUCACACCGUUCCCAACCAUGGCCAAGAAAGUUUGAAAUUCCACUAUUCUCCUUUGGGAUUCGGCUCCUCCUGGAGGCAGGAAACCAAGCUUACCAUUCUGAAGGCACCCUGCUAAACAACCCAAAAGUGACAAGCGGUGUCCUGGAAGAAUUGGCUGAAAAAAUAUUUGAGUACACAGCAUACCCUACGGGAAUUCAAGUUCUGAAUGUAGUCGAGGCCUUAAUUGAGAAGUACCCAUGCCUCAAAGAGCCAGGCUCGUUCAAUGGAAUGUACGGAUGGCAACAAAGGAUAAAGUACAAGAUGGGAAAUUACAGGGCAAAAGUAAGAGGGCUCAAAAUAGCCUGUCCAGAGUUAGAAGUGAACAAAAAGACGACUUCUAGUCCCAAAGGAAUCAGAAGACCCAAAAAGGCGGAAGUAAAUUAUUUGCCACCAUUGCCACUAGGACAGACAAAAGAAACCAUGGAUGAAGAGAGAGUAGAUCUACUUACAGAAGUAAAAAAGACCAACAACGACAAGAUUAUCAGUGAAAAAAUGGAGAAGACCUUUCCAUAUCGACGACUGGAAGUUGUCAGUCAGAUGCCUGCUGUCCCAGAUGUCAUGGAGAGAUGGCCUGCCCUUUUCUCUCAAUCUCAGGUGAAAGAGGAGUUCAAGAGGAUCACAACCAUUCAACUGGACCGAACCUUUUUGUCGAAGAUGGAUUUAUACACUCCAAAACUCCUGACCGUUUUCAAGACAAAGGGUGGGACUGCAGGCACAAAAAUAAAAAGCGUGUUGGAGUCUCUCAGUCAGAAGCAGAUUGAUAGCCAUGAUGCGGUCAUCCGUUGUCUGAUCCCUUUCCUGGGAGAAUCGACAGAGGAACUCAUUAAAGACUACCAGCAGGAUGUGUCCAAGGACGUCAUCGAACAAGACCUCAAAGACAAUGUGAUCAAGAUCCUUGUGCUGGGCAGUGCUGCAGAGGGUGCCCCCCCAACUGAUGUCAUCAUUGUGAUUGAUGGUACAGAGGUAUUAGGUGGUUGUAAAACACUUGCCAACGCUUGCAUGCUGCUCAUGGGCUUUGUGUACUCACUGAAUCUCAGUUAUCCUCCAAAAUUGAAAUACACAUUUGAAGUGUUUCAAAAGUUGCUUUUGGAGUUAGAUGAUUUGAAGGUCUCCCCUAAAGUGGAUUCUCUGAGGAGGAAACUGCUACAUUAAAAGGGAAAUGUGACUAGAGCUCAAGCAGAAGGUGCAAUUGA